CGCGCGCGCGCCCCCGCCGGCCCGCGCGCGCCCACCGGCUCCCGGCUCGCGCGGCUCGCGGAGCGGGAUCCCGGGAGACGAGGAGGCGGGGGCGAGCACAAGAUGGCGGACCUCUCGCUGCUCCAGGAGGACCUGCCGGAGGACGCGGACGGACCCCUGGACUUGGUCUCACAAGAUGAAAUGCUGACACCGCUGGGGAGGCUGGACAAGUAUGCUGCAAGUGAGAACGCGUUUAACAGACAAAUGGUGGCCCGGAGUCUGCUGGAUACACUGAGGGAAGUCUGCGAUGAUGAAGGAGACUGUGUUGCUGUUUUGGAAAGAAUUGGCAGAUUAGCGGAUGACUCGGAACCAACUGUGAGAGCAGAGCUGAUGGAACAAGUGCCACAUAUUGCACUGUUUUGUCAAGAGAACCGGCCUUCGAUACCAUAUGCUUUUUCCAAAUACUUACUACCAAUUGUGGUUAGAUAUCUCGCAGAUCAAAAUAACCAGGUGAGGAAAACCAGUCAGGCAGCUUUGCUGGCUCUGCUGGAGCAGGAGCUGAUUGAGCGACUUGAUGUGGAGACCAAGGUGUGCCCUGUUCUCGUAGAGCUGACUGCUCCAGAUAGCAAUGACGACGUGAGGACGGAGGCUGUGGCUAUAAUGUGCAAGAUGGCCCCCAUGGUUGGGAAGGACAUCACGGAGCGCCUCGUCCUCCCUAGGUUCUGUGAGAUGUGCUGCGACUGCCGGAUGUUCCACGUUCGGAAGGUCUGUGCUGCCAAUUUCGGAGAUAUUUGCAGUGUGGUUGGCCAGCAAGCUACAGAGGAAAUGUUGCUGCCCAGGUUUUUCCAGCUGUGCGCUGAUAACGUGUGGGGAGUGCGGAAGGCCUGUGCUGAGUGUUUCAUGGCUGUCUCCUGUGCAACAUGCCAAGAGAUCCGGCGGACAAAGCUCUCAGCACUGUUCAUUAACUUGAUCAGUGAUCCUUCACGUUGGGUCCGCCAAGCAGCCUUUCAGUCUCUGGGGCCUUUUAUAUCCACCUUUGCGAAUCCAUCCAGCUCAGGCCAGUGUUUUAAAGAUGAGGGCAAGAGUUCCGAAGAGUCAUCAGCAGGAGACAGAAGCAGGAUCAAAGAUUUUGGUGCUGUAGAAGAGGAGCAGGUCCGGCCAGAGGAUGCUCCCGCAGACUUCAGUGCCAGCCUGGAGAGCGCACUAGAAGACUGUGCUGCUGAGACUGCUGGGAACUCUGCAGGUGACAUAAGUGUUCCAGAGGACAGCUCCUCACUCUGUACUUUGUCCUCAGAGUCUCAUCAGGAAGCAGCUAGCGAUGAGAAUGAUAAAAAGCCUGCUAACUGCACGACUGCAUUCCGGCCAGAGGUUGGCACCAGCUCCCCAGAUUCCACUCUCUUAGAUCAGGAUUUGUUCAACUCCUUCCAUUUCUGGAGGACUCCUCUACCUGAGAUAGACCUUGAUAGAGAGCUCCAGCAGGACUUUGGGGAGACACUAAGCCCCGAGAAAGCAGGAGAUGCACCUGACGUCCCUGGACCAGGUUCUCCUAAUAUCACCAUGGCUACCCGGAAGGAACUAGAAGAGAUGAUAGAGAACCUAGAGCCACACAUAGAUGACCCGGAUGUUAAAGCACAGGUGGAAGUGCUGUCGGCUGCACUGCGCGCUUCCAGCCUGGAUGCUCACGAAGAGGCCAGCAGUGGGGAGCAUCGGAGCGAGCUACAAGAUGACCUGGGUGUGAAUGAGCUGCCGGACUGUAGCUUAGAGCAAGACGCUUCUAUGCCUUUAAUCAGCGCUGCCGAGGAGAAUGCGGAUGCCACUCCUCACUAUGUCCACGGAGGUGCGGACAUGACCGCCAGUGGUGGCUUCAGCCCUGAAGAGAGGAGAUCAAAAGUACAAGAUGUUGUACCACAAGCGUUAUUAGAUCAGUACUUGUCUAUGACCGACCCCUCUCGAGCACAGACAGUCGACACUGAGAUUGCGAAGCACUGUGCAUACAGCCUGCCGGGUGUGGCCUUGACUCUUGGCAGGCAGAACUGGCACUGCUUGAGAGAGACCUAUGAGACCCUGGCGUCAGACAUGCAGUGGAAAGUCCGAAGAACUUUAGCAUUCUCCAUCCAUGAGCUUGCGGUUAUUCUUGGAGAUCAGUUGACAGCUGCAGAUCUGGUUCCAAUUUUUAAUGGCUUUCUAAAAGACCUUGAUGAAGUCAGGAUAGGUGUUCUUAAACACUUGCAUGACUUUCUAAAGCUUCUUCACAUUGAUAAGAGGAGAGAGUACCUUUAUCAGCUCCAGGAGUUUUUGGUGACAGAUAACAGUAGGAAUUGGCGCUUUCGCGCUGAACUGGCAGAACAGCUGAUUUUACUUCUAGAAUUAUAUAGUCCCAGAGAUGUUUAUGAUUACUUGCGUCCCAUUGCUCUGAAUCUGUGUGCAGACAAAGUUUCUUCAGUCCGUUGGAUUUCCUACAAGUUGGUCAGUGAAAUGGUGAAGAAACUCCACACAGCCACACCCCCAACAUUUGGAGUAGAUCUCAUAAAUGAGCUGGUAGAGAAUUUUGGCAGGUGUCCGAGGUGGUCUGGUCGGCAAGCCUUCGUCUUUGUCUGCCAGACUGUCAUUGAAGAUGACUGCCUUCCCAUGGACCAGUUUGCUGUGCACCUGAUGCCACAUCUGCUGACCUUGGCCAAUGACAGGGUUCCAAACGUUAGAGUGCUGCUUGCAAAAACCCUGCGACAGACUCUGCUAGAGAAAGAAUACUUCCUGGCCUCUGCCAGCUGCCAUCAGGAGGCCGUGGAACAGACCAUCAUGGCCCUGCAGAUGGACCGGGACAGUGACGUCAAGUACUUUGCAAGCAUUCACCCGUCCAGCACCAAAGUCUCUGAAGAUGCAAUGAGUACAGCUUCCUCCACAUACUGAGACCCAGAAUCGCGUGUCCUUCCUGCUUCUACCAGAGCCAGGCUUGACUGCCCUGCACCAGUCUGGGACAGCUGUGGGGGGACCUUCCUCCUGCCAACUCAUUCGCAGGUGCAAGUUGCCUACUCCCAAUACCAGUGGUUUUAAGAGUCAAGAGAAAGUACAGUAAACACUAUUAUCUUAUCUUGACUUAAGGGAAAGUAAUUUCUCAGAGGAUUAUAACUGUCACCAAAGCCUUAACUUGUUACUUCAUCUUCCUGACUGAAUGACUUGAAUUGGCAGAGCAUUUUCCUUUCGGAAAGGAUGAGGUUCCCAGAGAUCUGCAUUGCUUUCUCCUGGUUUUAUUUAAUGGCUGAUAAUUGAGAUUCUCAAGGCCAGAGGUGGAUGUGCACGACGGGAAAGACCUUCAGUAUUAGCCUAAGCAUUCCUUACAGGUGCGGAGCCUGUUCAGCUCCUUGGCUGCCCUGCCCAGCCCUCAGUGUGAAUAGUUCUUGGCAUAUAUAAAUGACAAAGGAGAUUUUUUUUUUUCUCCUAAGGGCUUGAAGUUAACACUAAAUAGAAUUUGAUUUUGACUCCUAUUGCAGCACAUUGCUGUACACAUUUACAGGAUGUUUGCAGAAUCUCUCUCCUGAUUUCUUUCAUGCUGGUCAUGACCUGAAGGAAAUUUCUUAGCACGAAUAUUGUGUCAGGUGUUUUAACUUGAUCAUGGUCAGCUCUGAGGUGCAACCUUUUCGUCCCAUGCUGCACACACCUGUGACCACUCUGGGGCGUGCAGCCUUAAUCAUGCUGUUAGAACUGUUGUGGUACAAGUUCCAAAUAAAAUUUAUUAAUAGGAUCUAUAAAGAGAUACCACCCACUUUGUUUUCUAAAUGUCUACAAAUAAAUGUAAUGUGUGACCUGUAUUACUUAGCUAGCAUAAGACGGGGGAAAAGAUUAAAAUAUGUCUUUACCUAGCUCAGUAGUCUGUUUGAAAUCUGCCAGGUGUUCAUCCAUCACUCAUUGGCAGACAGCAGCAGCCUAAAUAAAGACCAGGGAUGCUGAGAUCAGCAACCUUAUCCUGAAGCUCCUGAAAUUUA